CCGACGGCUUCCACCAGCGCUGCGCCGGUUCCUGUAUUUGAUGUAUUACUGAUCGAGGGAAGGAUGUGGUCUUUCUUUGCAAGAGAUCCUGUUAAAGACUUUAAUUACGAAAUUUUACCGGAAAAUCAGGAUAAAUCGGGAAUAUGGACUCUGCAUCGAGGAAAACGCAAGACAACUGGGGAGCCAGUGUCAAUCUUUUUGUACGAAGUGGCCCAGGGAACAGAGGAACAGACCCAACUAGCCAAAGCUGCGUUCAAACGAAUGAAGACUCUGAGGCAUCCAAACAUCCUGUCAUACGUAGAUGGACUGGAGACGGAUAAAAGCUUGUACCUGGUUACAGAGCCAGUGACUCCUCUUGCUGCACACUUGAAAGCCCGGUCAGAGAGUGGUGGUUCAGGGGAGCUUGAGAUUUCAUGGGGCCUUCAUCAAACUGUGAAAGCUCUGAGUUUUUUGGUGAAUGACUGCCAUCUACUCCAUAACAACCUGGGAACUUGGGCAAUAUUUGUGGACCGAGCAGGUGAAUGGAAACUAGGAGGGUUGGAUCAUGUGACCUCAGACCAGGGUGAACCAACAUCUUUACCACCAGCUAAAGUAGUGAACCCUGACCUUGAGAAGUAUGACCCCCCAGAGAGCCCCAACAGUGGAGGAGAGAAAUGGUCAGGAGAUGUGUGGAGGCUGGGUUGCUUAAUUUGGGAAGUGUUUAAUGGACCUCUGCCUCGUGCCUCAUCUCUACGAUCGCUUGGCAAGAUUCCAAAGCAGCUGGUACCACAUUAUUGCGAGCUGGUAGGAGCAAACCCAAAGGCUCGGCCCAACCCUGCCCGGUUCCUGCAGAACUGCCGCUCCUCUGGAGGCUUUCUUAGCAACAGUUUUGUGGAAAGCAACCUCUUUCUGGAGCAGAUUCAGAUUAAGGAGCCAGCAGAGAAGCAGCAGUUUUUCCAGGAUCUGAGUGAAAAUCUUGAUUCUUUUCCUGAAGAUUUCUGCAAACACAAAGUUCUGCCUCAGCUUCUCACAGCUUUUGAGUUCGGCAAUGCUGGGGCUGUUGUUUUGACACCACUCUUUAAGGUAGGAAAGUAUUUAUCUGCUGAGGAAUAUCAACAGAAAAUCAUCCCUGUUAUAGUGAAGAUGUUCUCCUCCACCGACAGAGCAAUGAGGAUACGGCUUCUGCAGCAGAUGGAACAGUUUAUUCAGUAUUUGAACGAGGCAGCAGUCAAUUCGCAGAUCUUUCCUCAUGUAGUUCAUGGUUUUACCGACACAAAUCCAGCAAUUAGAGAACAAACAGUCAAGUCCAUGCUUCUCCUGGCUCCUAAGCUAAAUGAAACCAACUUGAAUCAGGAGUUGAUGCGGCAUUUUGCGAGACUGCAGUCAAGAGAUGAUCAGGGUCCUAUUCGCUGCAACACCACUGUUUGCCUGGGGAAGAUUGCCCCCUAUCUUAAUGCUGGGUUACGUCAACGGGUGUUGACCUCUGCAUUUUCUCGAGCCACUAAAGACCCAUUUCCUGCAUCACGGGCUGCUGGUGUGCUUGGCUUUGCUGCCACACAUCAUUAUUACAGUGUGACUGAAUGUGCCGGACGCAUUCUGCCAACCCUCUGCCCCCUUACCGUGGACCCUGACAAGAAUGUCAGAGACCAGGCAUUUAAAGCCAUUAAGAGUUUUCUGACCAAGUUGGAGACCGUUUCUGACGACCCAACCAAACUAGCUGAAAUAGAAAAGGACGUGACUGCGUCCGGACAGGCUGGUGGUUCUGCAGCAACAUGGGCAGGGUGGGCAGUAACAGGCGUCUCUUCUCUUACAUCCAAACUCAUCCGCAAUGCUCCUGCAGGCAGUGAAGGAGCAACAGCUGGAAAUGCUUCUGCUGGCAUACCUGCAUCUGCUACAGGUGCAGCAAAUGCAACAGGCCCAGAGACCAAAGCUCACACACCCACUGCUCCCCCCUCAGGUAUUGUUGUUAACCAGUCAGAGGCCUCACAUCCUGCAGAUGAAGCCGAGGAACCAGCUGGAGAUCGUUGGGAUGAUGAAGAUUGGGGUAGUCUUGAGGAUCCUGAGAAAGCACAGACAGAUCCAGAUGAUUGGAAUUCUGAUUGGUCCGCUAUGUCUUCAACCCAGAAAAAAAGCAGUGUGGGCCGGACUUCUUCUGGAGCCAUCAAAAAGCAGAGUUCUGAUUGGAGUAGCUCUGGCUGGGAUGCUGACGACAGCUGGUCCAAUGAGAAGGAUGUAGAUGGUCAAGGUCAGAGCUCACCCGCAGACGAGGGAUGGGGCAAUGACUGGGAUGACGAUGGAGCUCUUGCAGAGAGCUUCACCCCAACACCACGAAGUACUACUUCUUCUACAGCCUUCAUCCCUAAAAGUGACAGCUCUGGACAGGAUGGCCUACGAAUGGCCAGUGACUAUAACUGGGACAGUGCUGGUGGGAAAGGAACAACAUCUGACCUGUUCUCCAAUGUGUCCCAAAGGGCCAACCCUGCUUCUGCUAUGAAGGCUGAGGAUGGCUGGGGAGCUAAUCCCGCAGGUGACUGGGGAGCAGAGGAGAACUGGGAGUCACUGGAUGGAGAUCAGGGGCUUAGUAAAGCUGAAUUAGCCAAGAAGAAGCGCGAGGAAAGAAGAAAAGAGUUGGAGGCCAAACGGGCAGAGCGGAAGGCAGCCAAAGGCCCUCUUAAACUGGGUGCACGCAAACUGGACUGAGAGAAGAAGCGUUCAGACCAGGGGCGAGGCAAGUCAGGGCGGGUGGUGAAUCAGCAGAAGGACAAUGGUCAUUGCAUGGUCUUAGGGAAACAUUCCAUGAUCCUUGAUAAGUGGAGUCAGAGGAAUCAAAGCUGUCUUUUCAUUGGUUGCCGGAUGGGGUGGGGUAAAGGUGAUCUCAUAAUCACCCGUUACCCACAUAAGUUUGAGCAAUGGACAACACGCCCUCAGCUAUGGCCUUUUAUAUGGCCUCUGCUGUCUGAAUAAAAACCACGUUUUUUUUUUACACACUGAUUACAGUAUCAGUUUAUCACGUGCAUGGACACAUUUGUUGGAUAAUGGCACUGGGAGACUUUUUUAUAUUAAAAAAUAUAUGUACUUCCACUUAGAUAUUGUAGUAUGUGUGUAUGUUGAAUAUACACUCGAUACUGAAUGCUUGAGCCCUAUAAUAUCUAAUAAUGAUGGAGACUCAAAAUGCUUGAGUAUUUAGCAGUUAAAACCCUGUCACAUGAUCACCAUCCCUGGCAGCCCUAUGUAAUUUCAGUGCUUGCAUGAACAUCAAUGUACUGUUACGAAAUACAAAUGACAAAUCACCUCUACAUGCUGUCGCAGGGCUUACAACAAUGCGAGGAGUUUUCUUUUUCUUUCUUUUUGUUGCUUUGUGCCUUCUUUUUCUUUCUUUUCUUUUUAGUAGAAGUAGGGUCAGGGUUAAGAGAUGCAUUAAUAUGUUAAUGAUAUGUAUAUGUUCCCUUUUUAACUUUAUUUUAUGACAUGCCUUUGGUAUGAAUGUCUGUUUUUAUGAUCUGGUGCAAUAUCUUGAGGAGGGUGAAUCCUGUAUUACACGCACUCAUGAGAAUACAAAAUAAUACAAAUAAUAAAAACCUAUGGGAGUCUGUCUCCACAGAUGUA